AUGGAUAACACCCUCUUAAUGUUUUAGCUAAAAUAUAACUAUAUACCACGGUGAUUUAAUAUUAUGGAAGUAUUAUUGAAAUUCAUUUAAGUGCGGAUGGAAUAAGAAAUAGGACUGACGAUCAUCAGAAUGAUGCAAAAAUUCACUUAACACACAGACUGGAUUUCUAAGUGCAAACAUUUGGCAUUUGAUCUUCUCAUCGUUGUACCGGAACUAGGACACAACGUUAUCUACAUUGUCUGAUCGUGUGUUCCACAUCGGGAGACAGUAAAGGUAUAAAUACUGCCUAGACAGCGCGUGUCAAACAAACGCGUGAGGUGACUUGAAAAAGAGGUACGGUGCUGGACUACGGGAACGGUAGACGUGACAAGUUGUAGUGUACUGGCUGCUGGAAAGGGGACUCUUGCUCAGGGGUACGAUGUCUAUGUUCCUAAGUAUCGUGGUGUUACUUCUGACGUCGCUGGCAGCUGCAAUGGACGUGCAGGUGUGCGGCUCGGCUCUAGAUGACAUGCUAGGACUAGUGUGCGGGCACAGGGGAUUCAACUGGUUAAAAACCCAAGAUCGCGGGGAAGUAUCGAAACGUCGUGUAGGUCAUUCCGCAAUAGUUGGCUGGACUGGCAUCGUUAACGAGUGCUGUCGGCGGCCCUGCUCCUUCAACCAGCUUGAGCAAUACUGCGCAGAACCGAGCUACGUGACACAGAGUCAACCUUCCUUACCAAAAUACGUGGAAAAUCUUAACACAGCCCAAAAUGAUAUACGUACCCACGACAGCAUGAGCGAUGUGAACGCUGGACCGGUCACAUCCACACCACAUCCCAUUGGAGAAACGUCGGAUCCCUCAGCCCACACUCAAUCCACAGAGGCAACCCUAAGCCCCGCACAAAGACACUUCAUUAACCAGGCCAUACGGAUGCGGUUUUUCUUCGUACGCCCAAUGGGGUUUCAGCCAACACGUGCACCUUUAGUAUUGUGAUAGACAGCAUAUCUUUAAAUACGAUAAUACAUUUUCUAAAUUACGAGUGUUACCGUUUUUAUAUUAAUAUCGCUGUGAUCAUACCAGUAAAAACCACGAUAUUUCUAAUUAAGAGAGAAUGGCAGAUGGUAUUUACAUUAAUUGAGGGUUCAUAGCUUAAAUGGUCAAAUUUAAACAUGUAAAUGAAUUGUCAUCGCAACCUACUUGUUUGAAAAAAAAAUUGAAUUUUCGAAAAACAAUUUGUCUGCAUCGUGAAUUUAAAAGCAACUUUAAUUUUUUUAGGUUACCAUUCGUUUACAGAUAAAGAUAUACGUUAUUUCAGAACAAAUAUUAUGUGCAUGGGAAAUGUGUCAGGCGUAUAAAGCAUUUGCUUGUUUCCACUAACCCAACCCCGAAUUUUUGGUGCCGAUCUUUAAUUUUGAUUCAGCAUUAAGUUUUCGAUCACUUUUGAUAAAUUUGAUCACAAAUAUUUAAUUUUUGCUUAAUUUACCUUAAAUACACAAACAUUUAAUUAAGAAAAGGGUUCAAUUUAGAUUGGGAUGCUUUCUUUCUUAUUGCGGUUGCAUAUUCCAUAAAAUACAAACAUUGUUUAACGAACUGAUAUAUCCUAAUAGUUGGCAAUGUUAGUGGAAACAUUGUCAUUUUAGCCUCUUCAUGUGUCAUGUUUAUGUAAUAGAAAUUAACAAAAGAAGCACAUGCUUGUUUGUUUUUAAUAUGUAUAAAUUAUUUAGUUACAGUAUGAUUCUUCUGAAUAAACCGCUGAAAUGUU